AUCUACAUUUGUCCUUUUGCCUGAGAAGCAAUGCUGAAUUUCACAUGAGUGGAAACUUGAUCUGGAAGACCCUUAGCCAUCUGUUUCUUUUAUACUUAGGAUUUUAAUGGGCUAGUCCUUCAGAGUGUAGCUACUCUUUUCUUUUGAGCAAAUGGCAUCCUUCAGUAGUGAAGAUGCAUUUCAAGAUUCAGCAGCCCUCUCCCUAAAUGAUUUAGAAAGCCUGCACAACUUCCGCAGCCGGUCUGCGAGUUUCAGCAGCACAGGGUCUAGUGGCCGCUUGCAGCUCCGUCAACGAGUAGCCCAGCUUAUGGCUUGUGUAGAGGACAUCAGCUCGGAUGAUGACAUUCAUGAAGAAGUGUCUCGCACUCUAGAUGAAGCUUUCCUUAUCUGGGGGAAAAAGCUGAAGGAUAAGUGGCAAGAGUUCAGACUACACUUAGUUACUUGGAAUGUGGGCACAGCUUCUCCACCUCCUGAUGUCACUAGUUUACUUCAGCUCAAUUCACUGGGCCCAACUAUGGAUAUGUAUGUUAUAGGCUUACAGGAGGUGAACUCAAGAAUCACAAAUUUUCUGUCUGACUUGGCAUUUGAUGAUCCAUGGAGCAUAUUUUUCAUGACUGUAUUGUCUCCAUUGGGAUAUAUCAAGCUCUCCUCCGUUCGCAUGCAGGGAUUACUACUUCUGGUCUUUGUGAAGCAUGUCCACCUUCCUUUCAUACGAGACAUUCAUACCCACUACACACGCACAGGCCUGUAUGGAUACUGGGGGAACAAAGGAGGAGUCACUGUCCGCAUGUCCCUCUAUGGUCAUACAAUUUGUUUCAUGAACUGCCACUUGCCAGCUCACAUGGAGAAUACAGAGCAGCGAUUGGAUGACUUUGAGAAAAUUCUGGAAAUGCAGUUUGAAGGAGAGAAUAUUCCAAGUACCUUGGAUCAUGAUGUUCUCUUCUGGUUUGGAGAUCUAAACUUCCGGAUAGCAGAUUAUGGCAUACAUUUUGUCCGAGAAUCAAUAAAUAACAAGCGUUACAAUCUGCUGUGGGAAAAGGACCAGUUAAAUAUGGCAAAAAAGAAGGAAGCAUUUCUUCAGGAAUUCAUAGAGGGUCCUCUGCAGUUUAAACCCACCUACAAGUUUGACCUUUAUUCGGAUGUAUAUGAUACAAGAGAGCAGAAGUCCCUGUUUUGGUUUAAUGAGAAGAAAAGAAAGCCAGCGUGGACCGAUAGGAUUCUUUGGAGAGUAAAAAAUCUCUGCCAGCAUGCAUCAAAAGAAGGCGAAUUCUCUGAAGAAGAACAGACAAUUUCUGUUACUUUGAAUAACUAUAUCAGCCACAUGAGCUAUGGCAUCAGCGAUCACAAACCUGUUACAGGAACUUUUGGGCUUGAGUUGAAGCCUCUUCUAUCAGAUCCUUUGAUCAUACUGAAUCCUGAGGGUGAGUGGAGUGCGGAACAUGAUGUUCUAAUCAGCUAUUCUGCGGUGCCUGAAUUCCCAAGCAGUGCUUGGGACUGGAUUGGACUUUUCAAGGUGGCUUUCAGGCAUGUGAAUGACUAUGUUACUUAUGCUUGGGUAGAAGAUGAUGAAAUUUCUUCUAACAAAGACAGUAAACAAGUUUACAUGAGUGCUGCAGAAAUACCUGAUAUGGGAGGAGAAUUUUUGCUUUGUUACUAUAGCAAUAAUUUGCAGUCAAUAGUUGGUAUUAGCCAGCCUUUUCAGAUUCAGCCUAACAGAACAUUAAUAGAAAAGGAUCUGACACAGGAAGAGAACAGCUGGAUGCAGAAACCUGACAAUCUAGAAUCACUUGAUGAGUUCUGAAGGCAGAAAGGGCAUUUAGUGGUCCUGAUUCAGGAGUCAGAUGAUUCUUUAUGUCUUAGUGAUUAUAAGCUUUUACUCUUAGAAGAUGGAGUGAGACAGUGCAAGUGAGACAGGUAGGAUUGUUCAGAAACUUUGUAAGUUCAUAGAAGAUAAUUUAUUGUGAAAACAGAUAUUUUUAUUGUUACAGGGAGAGUAACUCUCUUGCACUGGAUGAGAAACGUAAAAAUAGCACCGAAUGAAUGCUGUAUGUUUUAAGGUGAUAGACAUUUCUAAUACAAUGAUUUAACCUAAGUGAGUUGUGAUCUGUAAUAGAUUUUUAGGCUUGCUCCUUUUUUGUAGAGGAUGUUUUAUUUACGAUAUAAUAUUUACUAUGCUGUAACCACUUAAUCAUUGAUUUCCAAAUUUUGAGUUUAAAUGAAGUUAUUUAAAAAAUUAUUUAUUAGAUACAGCUAGUUAGCUUGUUUUAAAAUUUUAUUUGCCUUUCAAAUGUAAGCUAAUUACCUUUUGGGAAACACGUGUGGCAACAAGUCACAUGAAAACAAAAUCUUUGGAGUAUUUAAAUUCUCCUUUGGUAAUAGAUCCCUUUUCUUCAUGCCUUACUGAUAACUGUUUGUAGGAUUUUCCAGAUUGAGAUACAUUUAUCAAAACACACUUUUCCUGAUUUUUUUUUUUUUAAAUUCUUCUUUUAUGAAACAAUUUAGCAAUUAGCCUGUUGCGUUUCUCCCUCUGAUUUAAAAAAGCAAAAUAAACCCACUUUUAUACUAGUCCCUGGCUCAGAGUUAACCAGGAUCCCACAAUUUUUGAAAGAAAUUGCUUAAGUUGAGAAAUGCUUUAGCAUAGGUGAGCAGACCAUAGUUCAUGAAGCACUUGUAGGCAAAGAUCAUGGUACUAAACCCUGAUUGUUUUCUGUUGUCAUACUGAAUUUCAAAAGCUAAAGCCAUAUUUAAGUACUUCCCUGAUACCAUCCUGCCACAUAAUUGCUACACUGACUACAGAGACGAUGGGAAUUAUAAAUGGGAAAUUUCAGUGGAACAAAUUCUUUCUUAUGGCAUAAUCUGUGCUACCAAAAUUGUGAAUCUCUUCAGUUUAUAGCAAUCGGUCUGCAAAAUUUCUGUUUUUCUAGAGGUGCUUAAACCUUAAUGGAUCCUGUGCACUUGAGGGUGAAGAUGGAGUAAGAAAAAUCAUGUACCUUUAAAAACCUGAAAGGUAGUUAGCUUCAGAAACGGUUUUGUUUCUUGAUGAGGAAAUGGAGAUAUUUGGAAAGGAUUGGAAGAGGCACCAACAUUCCACAGAAUCUCAGACUGCAGUGCUGGAAAAGAGCACUUGUGAGUCUCCCAUGUUCUAGAUACACAGCUUCGAGCUACAUACUAUGUAUGGUAAGUAAAGUUAGUUAAUAAUCACUGUCAUGUUGGUUGUGGAUGGAAAAGAGAAAAUUCGGUUCAAGUGGAAGAGCAAAGCAAAGGAUGUUGGUGUGUUUAUGUUGGAAUAUUGCUUCAAAACUGAAUGGAUUCUUUUUGGCUCUUUUUCUCAAAGCCUUAGUUUUUUCAGGAUUCUUUUGAGAUAGAAGGUUAACAACUUGGUAUGACAUUUGUUUUGCAGUUACUUGCUUAUAUCAUUCACUGUAGAAAAUCUGUGGUCUGGAUGUCUUUGUAUACUGUGGAAACUAUAACAUAGGUUAACUGGUUAGGUAGUUCAGUGUGGGAUUUAAGAACACUUAGCCUCUAAAUUUUAGUCAUAUCUCAGCUUAAUGCUUGGUGUUGGGAACUCUUUCCAGUUUUAAGUAGUGAGGGCAGGUUCAGAGGAUACUGUGUUCAUUGCAUGGAUUAAAACUGCCUUGAGGUUUACAGUUUGUACAUUCCUAUUACACUUUGGAACAAUAAUAGAAACAGUUUUCACAUUUGUACUUGUCUUACAAGAAUUUGUUUUGCACUAAAUCUUUCAGAUAUGUGACUUUUCAUGGCAAUUAGGGCAUCAGACAAAUCCCUACUGAAUUGCAAAGAACUUUUGCAGUUCUUGAGUUGUAUUCUGCUUCUGAUUUUACUUGUGUAACUGUAUUACCGUACUCCAUGCAAGGAGAUUCUGUGGAGAGCUCAAAGAAUAGUGGUCUUUGAAUUCCAGACCACAGCUGGCGAUUUAUUGUGGACCAAGAUCCAGUUUCUUCUAAUCGGGGUGCAUCUGCUGUUCAUGAGCAGCUCAGAGGGGGAGCCAUACAGCUGCUUUACAUGGGCAAGAAACUCAAGAUCCUUAAUGUUGUAUGAGAGCUGAUAACGCGCUCUCUCAAUCACUGGACACAGAAGCUGCAUUUUGUAAACUAAUCCUUUGAACCACAGGACUUCACUGAAAAUGCCCACAGCAGCUGUGAUUGAAUCCGCUUGUGUGUUAGUAGGAUGCUGCACAGAACUGUAUACUUCUUUCUUAAGUAUUAUGCACACAGUGGCACUUUUGUUUACUACUGUUACCUAUGGUAGCUUUUCAAACUAUUCCAUGACGUGUAAUGAUGCAAUUUCUGAUGAAAUUUAUCUUUCUUAGAACACCUUUAAUUGGAUGUUAUAAUCACUGGAAAUGUUUUUAUACUCACAUGUUUUCUUUUCAUGUACCACUAAAAUAAAUCCUGGCAGUGAAGUGUU